GGAGGCGCUGGGACAAGGAAUUUCCAUUCACUGGUUGCCCUUUAUCAAUAUCCUGGGGCGGUUCUUUCCCCAGGGAGAGUCCAGAGCUGUCAUGGAAAGUCAGGCCAGGGGGUAUAUCAUGUCGAAGCCCAGGCAGCAGAGGCAGGUAGCUCUCGGUGGCCCUGACUCAGCAAGAGCUGCCAGCUUGUUGGAGCUGACCGAGUUCUGGGUUGAACAUGAAGUUCUCUUCCUUGGCCCUGCUCUCCCUGCUGCUGGCAGCUCUCUGGACUGGAAGCCAGGGUGUAUCCUUCCGCAGCCCCUAUAGCGCUUGCUGCUACAAGGACAUGUUCAUCCAGAAGAAAAUCCCUGCCCUCCUCAUCAAGAGCUACCAGGAGACACCUUCCCACUGCUCCCACAGGGCUGUGCGCGUGGAGCUGCGGAAUGGGAAGAGGUUCUGCAUGGACCAGCACUGGUUCCAGCAACACCAGCAGCAGCAGCAGUCAACCCGCACCUCUGGCAUGAAGCUGCCUUCUCCAUAA